AUGGCUAAAUUAUCAAAGAGUGAGAAGAAGAAAUUAUAUUUUGAGCGUCUGACGAAUUUGAUGAAGACGUAUUCAAAGAUCUUGAUUGUCAGUGUGGAUCACGUCGGAUCUCGUCAGAUGGCCUCAGUGCGUCAUUCACUCAGAGGAAUGGCAACAAUUCUUAUGGGAAAGAACACAGUUAUCAGAACUGCCUUACAGAAAAACUUUCCAGACUCACCUGAUGUAGAGAAGGUGACCCAGUGCGUUAAACUGAACACCGGCUUUGUGUUCUGUGAGGCCGAUCCGAUGGAAGUUAGAGAAGUUAUUCUUAAUAAUAGAGUUCCAGCACCUGCACGCCAAGGUGUAAUUGCCCCAUCUGAUGUUUUUAUACCUGCAGGUUCAACUGGCCUUGACCCUUCACAGACAUCUUUCUUCCAAGCACUAGGUAUUUCCACUAAGAUUGUCAAAGGACAAAUUGAGAUCCAAAAUGAGGUCCACUUGAUUAAGAAAGAUGACAAGGUUAGUGCUUCAGGAGCAACUUUACUUCAAAAAUUGAAUAUUAAGCCAUUUUCCUACGGUUUAAAGGUUGAGAAGAUUUAUGACUCUGGAGCUAUUUCAGACGCCUCAGUACUUGACGUAACUGAUGAGGAUAUUCUAGCCGUUGUUAAGCUUGGUGUUAGUUAUGCUAAUGCCUUAUCUAGGCAGUUGGGAUACCCAACAACUUUGUCAGUUGACCAUGCAAUGUUGGAAGGAUUUAAGAACUGUGUCGGACUUGUUUUGGACAGCGAUUACACAUUCCCACAAAUGGCUGCAGUCAAACAAUUUUUGGAAAAUCCUGAAGCUUUCGCUGUUGCCACUCCAUCAGCACCAGUAACUUCUGAAGUAAAGGAAGAAAAGAAAGUUGAAGAAGAAGAGGAAGAUGAUGAUUUAGGGUUUUCACUCUUUGAUUAA